GAUCCAACAGGGAAUUCUAGACGCCGCCGGAAGGCACGAGGGGGCGGGGCGACGAGGGUAUGGUCUCCUCCAUCGCCUCCCUCCCUGCACGGAGCAUUCCAGACGCCGCCUGAAGCCACGAAGAGGCCAACACGAGGAGGGUAUGGUAUCCUCCAUCGCCUCCCUCCAUCUCGCCCCCGAGGCGAAUCGAGAGGCCUCGGUCCCCGCUAGUCCGGCGAGAUCCGAGCGCGGCCAAAUCGAGUCGGGAUUCGUGGUAGCUGCAGCUCAGCGAGGCAAGAUCCGGACGGCGAGCCGAGGAAUCCACGCAGCGGCUAGCUCCAAUAAACCCAUGGCGCCACUGGCACGUGUUCUCCACUGAUGGUGGACACCUCCACCUCCCCCAAUUCCGCCGCUGCCGGCGGCGGCACCAUCAUCGACGACCUCCACGGCUUCCUCCGCCACGGUCUACACACCCACUCCUCCGUCCUCUGCGCCCACGCCUUCCUCUUCCGCCGUGGCCUCCUCCUCGGCCACCCCGUCCCCGCCGGCCUCCUCAUCGCCUCCGCCUGCUCCGCCGCCUCAACGCCCGCUCACAUCCUCCGCCUCAUUCGCCACCUACCUCCUCCCCUACCGCUCUUCUCCCUCGAUGCUGCACUCCGCGCCCUAAGCCCUCGCAUCCCUUUCUCCGCCCUCCUCUCCCUCUUCGCGGCCCUCCUCCGCUCCCACCACCCGCUAUUCCCCGACCACUUCUCCUUCCCGCCUCUCCUCUCUGCUGCCGCCUCUGCCACCUCUCCACGGGCAGCUCCUCCGCCGCGGCCUCCUCUUCUCUUCGCCGCCCCACGCUGCCAACGCCCUCUUCCACUUUUAUGCCACUGCCGGCGGCAUCUUGUCCGCCCGCUACCUGUUCGACGAAAUGCCAUUCAGGGACAUCGCGUCCUGCAACACCCUGAUGACGGCCUUAGCCAGAACACCCGGUGGCUUGGAUGUCGCACGCCAGGUUUUUGAGGGAAUGCACUUGAGAAAUGUGGUGUCAUGGAACGUCAUGAUUAACGGAUACGUCAAGGCGAAUCAGCCUGACAACCUGUGCGUUUUUGCGUCGUUUUGAGGAUGAUAACCUGUUGGGGCAGCCACAUCAUGUGCUAGCUCCAAUCGAACGAACGAGCAAAGCAAGGGGGAUAAGAACAAGCGAGCGAGCGAGCGAACGGACAGAAGUGGUAAGUCGGGCAAAAGCGGCGGGUCCCGGGAUUUGAUGAAAAAAAAACAACGGACAGAAGGGGGAUUUGAUUUGAUG